AUGGUUGCAUCAGACGAUACUAAGCCAACAGUGGAAGGAGAUGCUGCGAGCAGCAAAAAGGCAGCAAAAAAGGCCGCGAAAGCAGCAGAAAAACAACAGAAAAAGGCUGAACAUAAGGCCUCUUCAGUCCAGAAUGAAGUUCAAGAUGAAAAAGAUAUAUCCGAAGGAAAAUAUGGAAUAAUGAAGCUGAUACAAUCAACAGGAGAAAACAGAGACAGGGUGUAUACUGAUGUUAAGGACCUAGGAGUGGCUUUGGAGGGAAAGAUGGUUUGGGUGAGAGUCCGUCUUCAAACUUCUCGUGCUAAAGGGAAACAGUGCUUCUGUGUAUUGAGGCAAAACUGUCACACUGUUCAACUAUUGAUGAGUGUGAAUGAGGAACGCGCCAUUAGCAAGAACAUGGUCAAAUUCACUGGCAAUAUAACCAAGGAGUCGAUAAUCGAUGUCCAAGCUAUCGUGGCCCGUACAGCAGCUCCAAUAGACUCGUGCUCUGUACGUGAUGUAGAACUACUCGGGGUUCAAGUAUGGGUGGUCUCACAAGCCAGACCACAACUACCGCUGCAGAUUGAAGAUGCUGCGAGACCUGAGAAUAAUGAUCCUGAAGGUCUCAAGAUUCGUGUGAACCAGGACACUCGUCUCGACAACCGUGUGUUAGAUCUAAGGACGCCCGCCAAUCAGGCUAUCUUCAGAAUAGAAGCUGGUGUUUGUCGACUGUUCAGAGAUAUACUCACUAAGAAAGGUUUCGUUGAGAUCCACACUCCCAAGAUAAUUUCCGCGGCGUCAGAAGGGGGCGCCAAUGUGUUCACUGUUUCGUACUUCAAGAGUAACGCCUAUCUAGCGCAGAGCCCGCAGCUAUACAAACAGAUGGCCAUCGCUGCGGACUUUGAUAAGGUGUUCACGGUGGGCGCGGUUUUCCGUGCAGAGGAUUCAAACACUCACCGACACCUCACGGAGUUUGUGGGUUUGGAUUUAGAGAUGAGCUUCAUACAUCACUAUCACGAAGUGGUGGAUACUAUAGGACAGACCUUCACGGAUAUGUUUAGAGGGCUGCAGGAACAAUAUGCGUCAGAGAUAGCAACAGUUGGUGAACAAUUCAAGGUAGAGCCAUUCAAGUUCUUAGACCCUCCGCUGAGGUUAGAAUUCCCUCAGGCUGUGGAGAUGCUCAAAGAAGCUGGAGUAACAAUAGGUGAUGAGGAAGAUCUUUCGACUCCCGUUGAGAAGCUUCUCGGUCGUUUAGUGAAGAGUCAAUAUGACACGGACUUCUAUAUACUUGAUAAAUACCCACUUGCUGUCAGACCAUUCUACACUAUGCCUGACCCAAAUAACCCUCGAUAUUCCAACUCGUACGACAUGUUCAUGCGCGGAGAAGAAAUACUGAGUGGAGCUCAGAGAAUACACGAUCCGGAACUAUUGACUGAGAGGGCUAAGGAACAUGGGAUAGACAUCAGCAAGAUAGCGGCGUACAUAGAAUCAUUCAGACUGGGCUGUCCGCCUCACGCAGGCGGUGGGAUCGGUCUGGAGCGUGUAGUGAUGUUGUACCUGGGACUUGACAACAUCAGGAAGACGUCCAUGUUCCCGCGGGACCCUAAGAGAGUCACGCCUUAA